AUGCCUCGUGGUCAGAAGAGUAAGGUCCGUGCUCGUGAGGAACGCCGCCGUAACAGAGGUGAGACCCAAGGUCUUAAUGCUCAGGCCACCACAGCAGGGGUAGGAGAGACCACUUCCUCCCCCGCUUCUGUUUCUCGGGGCACUCCCCCGACCGCUGCUGCUGGCCCUCGCCAGGAGCCUCAGGGAGCCCCAGCCACGAGCUCUCGUGCUGCAGGGGUUUCAUGCCCAGGAUAUGAUGUACGUGCCAAGGGCCAAGUUGAGGAAAGUAAAAAUUCCUCCCAGGCCUCAACCUCCAGGGAUCCUGGAAAGGAUCUUGUAACCAGGAAGGCAGGGAUGUUGGUGCAGUUCAUGCUGUGUAAAUAUAAGAGAAAGGAGCCCAUUAAAAAGGGAGAAAAGCUGAAGAUUGUCAACAAAAGGUAUAGGGAGCACUUCCCCGAGAUCCCCAGGAGAGCCUCCGAGUGCAUGGAGCUGGUCUUUGGCCUAGAAUUGAAGGAAGUCAAGCCCAACAGUCAUUCCUAUGCCCUUGUCGGCAAGCUAGAUCUCACCGAUGAUGGGCGUCGGAGCAGUGGCUGGCGGUUUCGGAAGAAUGGGCCCCUGAUGCCUGUCCUCGGUGUGAUCUUCUUGCAUGGCGACCGCGCCUCUGAGGAGGAGAUCUGGGAAUCCCUGAAUGUUUUGGGUGUUUUUGAUGGAAGGAGGCACGUCAUCUUGGUGGAGCCCAGGAAGCUUAUCACAGAAGAUUUGGUGCAGGAAAGGUGCCUGGAGUACCGCCAGGUGCCCAGCAGCGAUCCGCCAUGCUCUGAGUUCCUGUGGGGCCCGAGAGCCCGCGCUGAAACCAGCAAGAUGAAAGUGCUGGAGGUUCUGGAUAUCCACGAUACGGUCCCCACUGCCUUCCCACCCCACAAUGAAGAGGCUUUGAGAGAUGAGGGAGAGAGAGCCCGAGCCAGGGCUGCAGCCAGGGCUGGCACUACUGCCACCCGUGCGCGUUCCAGGGCCACAUCCAGCCUCUCCUCACACCCCUAG